AUGUUGUUCCGUGCAAUCUUGAAGUCUGGGGAAGCAUCCUCCCUAGAGGCUGUACAACGUGCGAGCGAUGGGGAGGUGAAUGCCCGGACCGCUGAUGGAGCAUCUGCACUGCACUAUGCUGCAUCGGUGGGCUAUGCAGAAGUUUGCCUCGAACUGCUUGAGCUUCCAACGUUUACCGCCAUCAACAAUCAAGACUGCCAAGGCUGUACAGCCCUACACUAUGCGGCUUGCAAAGGGCACCUGAGUGCUUGCCAUGUUCUUCUUGACCACUGGCGUUUCACAGCUCACAAUAUGCAAGACUGGAACGGAUGGACAGCGCUACAUGCAGGUGCUGCUCAUGGCAGGAAUGAGCUUUGCAUUGCAAUUAUCAAUAGCCCUCGGUUCAAGGGUGCAUCUGCUCGAGACAAGGAUGGUAUGACUGACCGCGUGCGCCAAACAGCUUCGUUGCCGCGGCCAGAGCUGCAGAUGAAGCCACCCGCUGACGGACAGAAAUGGCAGUCUCUCGCCAAGUGGACAUCUCAGUUGAAAAAGUUCCAGGGUGAGGUCCCAUGUGUGCAGAGCGCACUGGAAGUGGAUACUGCAGACCAUGCGCAUGCUGGGAAUCCGGAUGUCAGUGCAGAAGGCAGCAGCUUGCUGCAACCUGGAGAAACCAAAGCCACAGUCUUGCCUGGGGAUGUGGCGAGUCCAGAUUCGGCCUCAGAUUGGGAGGUUUCACCGGCACAUCACGGGGAAAACCUACCACCGAAUAGUGCCCCAGCAGCAGCAGCGGCAGCAGCAUCAGCAGCAUCAGCAGCAGCAACUUCUCAGCUAGAUGCUGGACGUGCUUCGGCCACACGGGCAGCAAUCCCGUCAAUGAACGGCCUGAAGUCGAAAGACAUCCCCAAUGGUCAUGUCGUAGGAGACGCCAAGGGAGCUUUACAUGGACAGGAUGGAGGCAUUUUGGCGCCUAAUGGUGCAGCAGCAAAUGCUCAACUGGAUGCCAUGGGUGGUGGCUUCGCAGGGGCGGCAAUCCCGUCAAUGAACGGCCUGAAGUCGAAUGACAUCCCCAAUGGUCAUGCCGUGGAAGAGGCCAAUGGAGCUAUACAUGGACAGAAUGGAGGUAUUUUGGUGCCCAAUGCUGCAGCAACAAAUUCCCAACUGGAUGCCACAGGUGGUGGGGCUGCAGGGGCAGCAAUCCUGUCAAUGAACGGCCUGAAGUCGAAUGACAUCCCCAAUGGUCAUGUCGUGGGAGACGCCAAUGGAGCUUUACAUGGACAGGAUGGAAGCAUUUUGGGUCCCAGUGGUGAGGCAGCAAAUUCCCAACUGGAUGCCAUGGGUGGUGGGGUCGCAGCAAUCCCGUCAAUGAACGGCCUGAAGUCGAACGACAUCGCAGAUGGCAUGAAAGAAGAGGAAGACGGAGCCAAGUCUGCCGACCAGGGGCUGGCUAUUGAGAAUGGAAACCAUCUUCAGGACAGCUUACCAAAACGAGAUGCAGAACUUCAGCAAGGGGAAGGCGGACAGCUGCUUGUAGCAGAACCUAGUAACGAAGAUGCCAAUGCUGAUGCGAAUGCUGCCGGACCGGAGGCGGGCAGACAGUUGUUUUCUCGUGUUUGUGUUUGCUUUGUUGGCGAUAUCGGGACAUUAUGUUUGUGUGAGGCCGCAGCUGAGGGACUGGGGCCAAGUGCAAAGAAGAUUCAAUGGAUUUGGGCACUUGCACGGAUGCGGAUUGGUCUGAAGCGCUGGAAGAAACAUGUGACCCAGGCACUUCAUGCUCGCCACCGCAAGGAUAAGCGAAAUAAACUGGUCAAGAAACGUGGCAUCGAGCCAAAGACCAUCCGCAACAAGACAGCACUUGAGCCAAAGGAAACCGAGGCAGUUGAGCCCGUUCCAGAAGCCGUGGAGCUACAUGCACCAUCUGAGCAAGAAGACCAAGUUUUAGAAAUGACGACGAGAGAG